CCUAAUAGGACAUUCACAAUUCGGAUUGCGUAACACGUUGUGACAUUAAUGAUAGUAAAUAGUAUUAUUAUUUUAAAAAUUUGAAAUUGUAAAAUAUAAUGCAAUAAUAAUAUUAUAUCUGUAUCAAAAAAAGAUUUAAGAUAAUUAAAAAUUAAAAUUGACCUUUUUUUAUCUCAACUCUCGGAGUCGUAAAGGUUUUUUAGACAGGUUCAAUAAUUUAAAUGUUUUUAAUUAUAAUUUAGUUAAUUAAAUACACAAUUAUGAAUUUGCUUGUAAUUAGUUAAGCCCAUAAUUUACAGUGAUUGUGUUCCUCUCUCAACCAAGGUUUUAAUAUUUCAUUCAUAUUUUUACUUAAAAACUAUAUGCCAUCAUGACGUCAAGUACUGUAUUUUUGUUGAGCUUGUGCGUGGCAACAUGUUUUACCACUGCAAUUGCUGACAAUGAUUGGACAUUAAAUUUUAACAAUACAAAUAUCGGAGAGUUGGAAAUGGGCAGCAGUACAAAUAUAGUAUUCUACGCAUGGACAAAUACAACCUGGGAGGACGAAGAUUUACAACUUCAAGUAAUCAGUUCUGAUGAAGAUGUAGCGUAUCCUAGUAGACAUUUUUUUAAAUUACCCCGAAAUAAUUCAAUGCCAUCAAGUGUGUGGGAAAAAUCUUUUAACUUAACUUCUGAGUUUCUUGGGUAUACAAAAUUAUACCUUCAAGUUGUAAAAGUUGAAAAUAAUACAAUACGUGUUUUAAACUCAAGCCAGGAUCACAUGAACAUCAAAGUACUUCGAAAACCACAACUGAUUGAUAAGAUAUUUGUCAUUUGUGUCGCUGUCUUGAUGACUAUUAUAUUUAUCAACUUAGGAUGUGCUCUAGAUGUUGAUCAACUUAAACAAUGUGUUAGAAAACCAAUUGCCCCAGCAGCUUCAUUUUUUGCUCAGUUCCUAAUCUUACCAAUAUUAAGUUUUAUUUAUGCGAAGCUAAUAUUUCCAAAUUCAGUUUCAAUGCAAUUGGGCUUGUUUUUUACAGGAAUAAGUCCUGGAGGUGGCGCGUCUAGUGUAUGGUCCCUUCUUCUGGGUGGUAAUAUUAACCUCAGCAUUGUCCUGACAACUGUUGGAACUCUGGAAUCAUUUAUCAUGAUACCAUUUUGGGUUAUCUUUCUCGGUAAACGUAUCUUUUCUGUGGGUGAAAUGCCUGUUCCAUAUUCCCGAAUUGGAUUCUCUAUUAUUGCAUUAAUUAUACCUUUGUGUAUCGGGUAUUGUAUUCAGCGUUUUAUGCCUAGAGUAAGUCGAGUUAUGACACGUAUACUGAAGCCAUUGUCUAGUUGUUUGAUAAUAUUUAUAAUUAUCUUUGCCACAGUCACUAACUUAUACCUGUUUAAAAUAUUUUCUUGGAAAAUUAUUUUGGCGGGUGCAGUGAUACCAUGGACAGGUUAUUUAAUAGGAUUAUUAACAUCUGUCUUUGCACGUUUAUCUAUGCCAGACAUAAUUUCUAUGACAGUUGAAUCUGGUAUACAAAACACGGGUAUUGCCAUAUUCAUGUUAAAAUUUUCUCUGGGACAGCCAGCUGCAGAUAUAACAACUGUUAUACCAGUUGCUGUUGCAUUAAUGACACCCAUCCCCUUAUUAAUAUGUUUUAUUAUUAAAAAAUGUUUUGGAAAAAAGGAUGGAGUAGUAAGUAUUCAAGAUCCAGCAACUGAAUCAAUGAUAAACAAAAAAGAAAAUGAAGGUCCAUCAGCAAAUUCAGAGAAUGAAAAUAAUCAAGCGUGAAUAUUACCAUUAAGACUGUUAUAAUAUCACACCAUGUUAGUUAUUCCAUUAAAAUUUUAUCUUUAAAUAUAUGGAUUUUAAAUGUUU